UUUCAUAUAGCUAUACAUAUAUACCAAAAUUGAAGAAUGAUUUCUAAACGUAUGUUUAGUGCACUUCUCGUUUGUUUGAUGGCUGUUUUGGUAUCCAAACCUUUCAUCAACCUUCCAAUGCAACUCAUCAAAAUGUCUAGAGGUGGUUUUCUAUCACACUUGCUGUCUCACAACACCCCUCAUUACGGCGGCCAUCACCGCCGCCACAAAAAUGAAACCCUAACGUCCAUCUGUGACGACUUCUCUCCUGAUUUUCCUGUCAUUGAUCCUAACACCACGUCCCUCAUAUGCGUCGACCCCAACGGCUGUUGCGACUUCACCACCGUGCAGGCCGCGGUGGACUCCAUUGGAAACUUUAGCGCAAUGAGGACUUUGGUAUGGAUCAACAAGGGCUUGUAUUUUGAAAGAGUUAAUAUUCCGAAAAGGAAACCAAAUAUCACCUUUGAGGGCCAAGGUUUCAUGACGACAGCUAUCCUCUGGAAUGGCACUGCCAAUUCUUCUGGGGGCACAUUUUAUAGUGGCUCCGUUCAAGUUUUCUCAGACAACUUCAUCGCCAAGAACAUAAGUUUUAUGAAUGUUGCUCCGAUGCCGACGCCAGGGGCGGUAGGAGCUCAAGCAGUAGCCAUGAGAAUCGCCGGAGACCAAGCGGCGUUCAUUGGUUGCGGCUUCUUUGGAGCUCAAGAUACACUGCACGAUGACAGAGGAAGACAUUACUUUAAAGAUUGCUAUAUUCAAGGCUCAAUUGACUUCAUUUUUGGCAAUGCCAAAUCCUUGUACGAGAAUUGCGAGUUGAUAUCCAUUGCGAGCCCAGUAACCCAAGGCGUAAGGUCAGUUAAUGGCGCAGUGACGGCGCACGGCCGAUCUUCCAAAGACGAGGAUAGCGGAUUUGCCUUUGUGAACUGCACCUUGGGCGGAACCGGCAGGAUUUGGCUCGGCCGUGCAUGGCGUCCCUUCUCCACCGUCGUCUUUUCUAAGACCUUUAUGACAGAUAUCGUUGCUCCUGAAGGUUGGAAUGACUUCAAUGACCCUACAAGAGACCAGACAAUAUUCUAUGGAGAAUACAAGUGUUCAGGAGCAGGAUCCAAUACUACAGUGAGAGUGGCAUAUGCUCAGAAUCUGAAUGACUCGCAAGCUCUUCCUUUCCUCAAUGUGUCAUUCAUCAAUGGCGACCAAUGGUUGCCGCCAUUACUGUCGUUGUCCUAAUAAGCUGUCACAUAUCAUCAUGAGGCGUAUAUUCAUCAAUGCAUGCCCCCUAUAUAUAAUAAUUAAAUAAUAAAUAAUUAAUUAUAUACGUAUAUACAUAAACACACCAUGUAUCAUGUAUGUAGCGCCUAGCUCCCAAUGAAUUCAAGAUCAAUUACUACGUAUAAUGAUGAAAACGGUUAGCAACACAAGAGGGGGGGUGAAUUGUGUGUGUGUGGAACCGUGGCAGUUUUUCGCCGAGUUCUAGUGUG